UCUUGAUAUAUUCCCCACCUUCUUUCCUAAUAGUUUCACAGACAGGUAUUAGACGCCCAACAAUGCAGCCCUAAGGUUAUAACAGGCGCGCAAACAAAAGAAAACCCAAACAGAAGCUGUUUCAGCUGAAGUGUACUCUUUGAACUCGCUCAAAAGCGGUGCCUCCCUACUCGUAAGGGUUAUUUAAGAAAAAAAAAACACCCUUUGUGAAACCCCUUCUUCAAUUCUUAUUCUAUAUUGGCUUAAAAUAACCCGUCCUGUAUUGAGGUGAGGUAUUUUCAGCCCCCCCCCGCCCCUUAUAUUCUUAUUUCGAUUCUUUAAAAGCAAGUCAAUUUUUAAUUUGAAUUCUCUCAAGCAUGAUAUUUUCCCCGCCGAUAGCAUAUUAAUGGGUGUUUAAAAUUUUUGCUAGUUUUCUCCUCUAAAGCAUGGUGCUGAAGACGUUUGAAUAGUGGUCUAUCAUAUGGGAAAAAGCAGUUUGUUGGUGACUUUCUGUCCGAGUAUUAAUGGGUAUUUGGUCUUACUCAAAAUUAUGUUUCCUUCAAUCUGGUUUGCUUCGACAAAUUGUUGUUCACCAUAAGAAACGUCUUUUAAGGGUGUAUUAUGCUUCCUCAUCUGCAUUGUUAAUGGAAGACCAUGACUUUGAUUGCAUUCCCAAGGUUGAAAGUGAUAAUAAUGAAGUUGGGGAAGUCCAAGUUCCUGAGAAGAGGUUCAAAUUUUGUAGAAACCCCAGUCUUUUUCCCAUAGUUGUUAGGGUAUUUAAAUCAUUGAAUUGGUGUGCAGCAAGGAAAAUUAGCUUUCAUAAUGCUGUAAAGAUGUAUGGAUUUGAUCAUUCAAUAUAUGCAUUUCGGAUCAUUAUUCAUAUAUUUGCUAUGACAGGGAUGCAGAUGGAAGCACAUGCGUUGCUUAGAGAUAUUGUUUGUUACUGUGAAGGAGUUAAGAUUGAUGUGUUUGAAUUAUUACCAUAUCUGUUAGAUUCACCUGAGCAUGUUCAUAGAUCAACUAGUGUCUUUAAUGUGCUCAUUAAGGUGUUUGCAUCCAAUUUGAUGCUUGGGAAUGCUGUAGAUGUUUUCCUGGAGGUUAAAACAAUUGGGAUUGAACUAAGUAUUAUGUCAUGCAACUUCUUGCUAAAGUGUUUGCUAGAAGCAAAUAGAGGGGAUAUUAUGAGAAUGAUGUUUGAAGAAAUGAAGAACUCUGGGCCAUCACCUAAUGUUUACACCUAUACAAUUAUGAUGAACUUUUAUUGCAAAGGAUAUUAUGGGAGGGGAGCAGACAUCGAACAGGCAACUAAACUUAAGGAGGAGAUGGAAAUAGAUGGAAUAAAUCCAUCUGUUGUAACAUACAGUACAUAUAUUUGUGGGAUAUGUAGAGUUGGUCAUGUUGAAUUUGCUCUAGAUGUCAUUCGGGAUUUGAGAUCUGGAAACAAGCCUAUCAAUAGCUUCUGUUAUAAUGCUGUUAUUUACGGGUUUUGCCAAAAAGGUGAACCAUAUGAAGCUUCAAAGGUUUUGGAAGAAAUGAGGAGUUGUGGAAUUUUACCGGAUGUUCAUAGCUAUAGCAUUUUGAUUGAUGGGUUUUGUAAAAGAGGUGAUUUUGUGAAAGUUUUUCAUUUUAUUGAUGAGAUGAAACACAAUGACAUGAAGCCUUCAGUUGUUACUUAUACUUCUCUGUUUGAUGGGCUGUGUAAGAGCGGACGGGCAGAUGUUUCACUGAAGUUGUUCCGUAAUUUUUGUACUUCUGGAUAUGAGUUUGACCUAGUUGCUUACAGUGUCUUGCUCAAGGGCCUUUGUCUUCAAGGUGAUCUGGAUUCUGCCAUGGAACUUUUUAAUGAGAUGAUCAACAAUGGCUUAAUUCCUACUGCAAACAGUUUCAACAGGUUGAUUCACGGAUUCUGUAAGAUGGGGCCCUUAGAUAAAGCCUGGGAACUUUUCAAUAUUAUGCUGCAAAGGGGUGUCUUACCUACUGUCUUCACUUUCAAUGUAAUUGUUGACGGGUAUUGCAAUGCAGGCCAUUUGGAGGAAGCUUUGAAACUUAUAAAUGAAAUGCAUGAGCUUGGCAUUUUUCCUAACUCCUAUACGUAUAACGGAAUUAUUAAGAGGCUCUGUAAGCAAAGCAGUGUAGAAAAAGCUUGGGAACUUCUUCCCCAAAUGCUUAAGAAGGAUAUUAUUCAUGAUUCUCCUUAUGACAUCAUAUUAGAUGGAUUUGCUAAACAGUUGAACCCUAAGAAGGCCAUGAUGCUGUACACUAGAAUGUUAAAGCUUGGGGUCACACCAACUACUUAUACAUAUACAAUUCUUAUCAACUUAUUCUGCCAGAGUGGAAAUAUGUAUGAAGCAUGGAAAUUGUUUAUGGACUUGCUAGGAAGGGGUUUGAUUCCUGAUACAAUUUUUUAUACUACUAUUAUAGAUGGAUUUUGUAGAGUUGGAGAUAUGAGGAAGGCUUGGGCUUUAUUUAGGGAAAUGCCUCAAAAAGGUUGUUCACCCAAUGUUGUUACCUACACCUGUCUAAUCAAUGGAUUUUGCAAUGUACAUCGUAUGGAUGUGGUAAACUCGUUAAUUUCUGAAAUGAAAAAACGAGAUAUCAACCCUGAUGUGGUGACUUAUACUGCUCUAAUUGCUGGGUACCGAAGACUUGGCAAUGCUGAUAGAGCCCUUGAGUUGUUCACUGAAAUGAUAAGGAACGAUAUUUUGCCCGAUUAUGCUGCUUAUAGGCAUGCCUUCACAUGAUUAGAAAACUGAGGAAAUGAUGAAAGAACGGAAUGAAAGGGUAUUCCAUACUUGUCUGAGCCUUCAUCUCAAAAACGGCAUCCCAAUGCCCAAGGCUAGGUUCUAUAGUCGAACCAAUCAGAACUUUCUACAGACGAUCAGGGGUGAAUUGGACCUUCAGUAUUUAACCAGUCUUAUGGUUGGCUUGAGGGACACUGUGUCUUUAGACAGGAGAUUGAGAAUUGGCAAUCAGCAGUAAGAGAGACACAACUGGAAGACAAUGUUGUCCCUGUAUUGGGUUUGUUUUGGAUCAUUCUGCAUUUUCUUGCACUAUUGAAUAAUAAACCCUGUUCCAAAUCCCUAUGCUUUGUAGUUGAUAUCUGUGAUAUGUUAGAUUUGGUUUGCAAUAUCUUGGAUAUUGGAUCAGUACCCCAAAUGGCCUGUUAACCCAGAAACCUAUCUUGCUAGGCUUGCAUUAAGAUACCAUCUUGAAGGAGAACCAUCGCAAUUAGCUGCUGUUGACAUUUUUUUGAUUACUUUCGACCCAUUAAAGGAGCCUCCACUUGUGACAGCCAUCACUGUACUAUCCAUUCUUGCUGUUGAUUACCCAGUUGACAAGGUCUCUUGCUAAUGUUUCUGAUGAUGGUGCUGCUAUGUUAAACUUUUGAAGAACUGUACGAGACAUCAGAGUUUGCCAGGAAAUGGGUACCUUUCUGCAAGAAAUAACGUUAAGCUCUGGGCUCCAGAAUGGUAUUUUACAUGGAAGAUUGACUAGCCGAAGGAUAAAGUUCAACCGUCAUUUCUUAAAGAUCAUAGAGCUUUGAAGGUAAGGGUCAGUUUGGUUGUGCUAUAUCACUACAUAUAAAAAUUUUCAUCAUGUUUGCUUCUUUGUUUCUGUUACAGAGAGAAGAUGAAGAAUUUGAAGUUUGAGUUAGCGGGCUUGUUGCAAAGACACAGAAAGUUCCUUGAAGAAGGAUGGAUUAUGCAGGAUGGUACGCCAUGGCCUGGUAAUAAACACCAGAGACUGUCCAGGAAUGAUCCAGGUGGACAUUUUUGCAUCCAUAGAUACACUAGACAUGCAUCAAUCCUGAUCAGGAUGGCAACGAUUUGAUAGCAUUGAUCAAUAUGCCCCCAAAAAAAAAAAACUGUUUUCUUCGAUGUAAGCGUCAUAUCUUUGACGUAAGCGAAAUGUUUCACUUUUGUAGAUGAUGUUACUGCGUUUAUAUAGAAUGAUUGGUGCGUGUCAAUUUAUUAUAGAACAUACGGGCAAUAGAAAUCCCUUUGAGACAUAUUACAUAUAGAUAAGGUUGAGGGGUCAAUUCUGCUUGCCACCAUUUUCUGUUGUGUAGUGGGCGCGGAUGAUGCCUCCACCGCUAGAGUUAACGGGUUACAUGUACACCAGUGUGGAAUCAUACUGUUAUGUUCACAAAAGACUGCAAAUAGGAAAGGUGGGAAUGAGUUAUAAUAUUGCUCUGUCUUCAAUUGUACCUGAAUUCACAUCAUGUGCAGGAUAUGGUCGUUUGCUGUCUUGUUUUUAUCAGGAGUGUGAUGUAACACUUUGGACAAGCCCUAUAUGUGUAUAUAUGGUUUCCGAGUGUAGAAGUAAAAUUGAGUUGAUCAAAAUGUAUUUCUAAUUAAAUUACAAGUUUGCCUACAUAGGGCCGUAUUUAAGCCAA